AUGAGCCUCACGCCAGUACACUUCUUCUCCCAUGGCUCGACCAUGAUGCUGGGAGAAGAGUCCACGAGUGCCGAUUACUGGAAAAAAUGUGGUGACGAGGCACUGGCCCGAAACAUCAAGGGGGUUAUCAUCAUGGGUGCACACUGGGACUGUCUCGGCGACAGGAUCGAAGUCUCAACAAACCCCAACCCCGGCAAGAGUCCCGUCGCCUACGUCAAUCCCGACAAAUACGUCAACUACAAGCUCAACCCAGAUCUGGAGACCACCGAACGCUGCAUCCAGAUGCUCGCCAAAGAAGGCUUCAACGUCGGCGGCAACGACAAGUUCGACUGGAUUCACGAUGUCUACCUCAUUCUCAUCCGCAUGUUCCCGGGAGGCUGUCCCCCCACCGUCCUCGUCUCCGCCAACGCACGUUACGAUCCACACUUCCAUCUUAAAAUGGGCUCGACACUGCGCCCGCUCCGUCGGGAGAACUACCUGAUCAUCGGCACGGGUGGGGCUGUGCACAACCUCUAUCGUAACAAAUGGGCGCCCAUGGUGCGUUUCCGGGAUAACUUCGCCAUGGAGACACCUCCCGAGGAUUGGGCGAUGGAAUUCCGUCAGGCGGUGGAGGACGUGAUCACCAAGACCUCGGGGGCGCAGCUACGUCGGGCAAUGACACGGUUGAUGAAACAUCCACGAUUCCGUGAUGCGCAUGCGACGGAUGAUCACUUCAUGGCGGCCCUGUUCGUGGCGGGGGCCGCGGGUGAUGCCGAAGAUGAGGCGGCUCCGGCGGAGCUGGGCGCCGAAAGCUGGGAGUUGACCAACAUGUGCAACUCACAAUUCACGCUGGGUCAAUGGCCCAAGCAGCAGAUUGUAGUGUAA